CACCAUUCGCUACUCGCACCCAGCAGUUUAUGCGGGAGCAGCUUGGGCAAGCCGAUGAAAAGGUAUUUCCCGAUGGUUUAUUUUUCUCAGACUUCCUGAGUGGUUAUGGAGGAUGGAUGGGCCGUUUCCCGUUUGUUUGUCUUCAAAUCUGCCGGUCAUUCUCCGCCUUUCGGUUCUCGUUCCGAUGGUGGUAUCGUGACUUGGGAUGUUUUUCAUUUGGUCUUCAUCAUUUGCGCUUGCCCUUUGAUACCUAGAUGCUUUUCUCGUUCGUUUCGUGUCGUGUACCCUCUGUAUUUUUAUCAACUAGUUUCUCUAG